AAACAUCUUAGGACAUUGAAUUUGAGUGGUAAUUGUAUUGAAGAGCUUCUGGAAGAGAUAGGUGAAUUGGUGCAUCUGAGGUUCAUUGAUUUGUCUAAAAAUUAUGGUUUGAAAAAGCUACCCAAGGCGGUGUGUAAUUUAUACAAUUUGCAGACAUUGCGCCUUAUUAGGUGUGAGAAACUUGAAAGUCUACCUCAGAGCAUGGGAAAGUUGAUUAACUUAAAGCAUCUUUAUGCUUGGGGUUGCUUUAAGCUGAAGUACUUGCCGAAAGGGAUUGAGAGAUUAACAAAUCUAAGAGGAUUAGAUCAGUGCCCUGUUGGCGGUGGUAAAGACGACGAUGAAGCGUUCAAAUUAGGAGAUUUGAGAAACUUAGACCAACUUUGUGAACUUUGGAUAGUAAUUCAUGGGGAUGUGAAAAUUGCUGCGGGUGAGGGUGAGAAAGCAUCACCCCUGGGGAACAAACAUCAACUCUCAAAAUUGAUUAUAUCUUUUCAUUGGGAAGAUGAGGAGAGAAGAAGUGCAGAAAUACUGAAUUUCUUACAACCGCAUCCAAAUUUGGAAUCUUUAGAUAUUAGAGGGCAUAAUGGAAGCAGUGCCCCUAACUGGAUCAUGUCAUUAAACAAUUUGAGAUAUCUUCUACUUUCUGAUUGGGAAGAAUGUGAAGUUUUACCUCCUUUGGGAAAAUUGCCGUCCCUCGUAAAACUGUCGCUUAUUGAUAUGAAAGGAGUAAAAAAGGUUGGAGUUGAGUUUAUGGGAAUAGAAAAGGAAAUGUCAUCAGCAUCAUCAUGCAUUACUCUAUUCCCAAAAUUGAAAGCACUCGAAUUUUACUCCAUGGGAGCGUGGGAAGAGUGGAAAGGAGUGGAAGAGUGGAAGGAAGAGGAUUGGGAUAUCACCAUAAUGCCAUGCCUUUCUUUUUUACAGUUUUGGGGCUGCAGUCAGCUAAAAACAUUACCAGACUUCUUGCGGAAAACACCACUUCAGACACUUAACAUCAAGGACUCUUCUAGUCUUGCACGAUGUUGCGGAAAAGGCAGAGGAAAGGAGUGGCCCAAGAUUUCUCACAUCCCCAAUAUCACAAUCAUGCCUGAAUAUUCUGAUUCUGAUUUUGAUGAUGAGGGCGAAGGCAUAGUCGAAGCAGAGGAUGAUGUUUAGUUGCAUGAGAGGCCUUCCACUUCGGGGCUCACGCAUUUUCGCUUUAGAGGAAGUGAGAUGGAAAGGGAGACAAAGCUGCAUGCAUUACUAGAACCGGUGGUUGGCUGCUGCAUUACAGAUUUCAUCGGAGUCGUCUUUUCCAUUGCUUUCGGGCAGAAUGAAGAUCGUCUAGACAUAGGCACAUUAAUUGUGUGUGUAUGUGUGUACAUUAUAAUGCAAAGAGCUCCAGACUUGUUUGAGGUCUUCACUAUAUUUCUCAGAAAAAUGCUGUCGAACGACUAGAAUAUUAUUCACUGGACCUGUGGUGUGCAAAUUUUAUGUAUAUACUAAACAAAUUAGUAAAGUUUGGCAGAUUGAACUUAACAACUGAGAUAUUCGAAUAUAUACUCUAUUAUUUAUGAAAUAGUGGUACACUCAUUAGCACUAAAUUUGCUUUAAUAUCAUCAAAUUUGCAUAAACCCGGGGAAGGAAAUAAUUCAAAUAGCAUCC